CAACAUACCAUUGCACAAAACCCAACGACAUUAUUGUAAAUCAGACUCCUACCACUUAACACAAAAUCUGAUAAUCUCGUCCGCAUUUAUGAAAUCAACGUGAUUCAACUCAACAACGUUACAAGGGAAAGCCGAAACUCAAGGGAUCGAACACAAUAGGAAAACCCUACACGAACUGCUCGCCAAAGAAACCAUACGACGGAGCGAGACGACCGAGCAAGGUACAUAAUACGUCCUGCACUGAGGUGUAGAAGAAUUUUUGUCAUAAUGAGAUCCUGUUUGCCAUGGUUGCUCAUAACCUCCUUUGUAAUUUUGGGAAUUGCUGGAGGACUGACAGCAUCAUGGGCAUACUUAGAUUUUCCAAACAACUUUAACUCCUCCUUGAUACCCCCUGAAAACAAGACGUUGGAGAACAGAUAUGGAAGUAUAAGUCCCACUGAAGAAUACAGGAACUAUGUGGAUGCCACAGUCCGUAACAGCAACUACUUCGAAGACUGUCAACUUUAUGUUGUUAUUCCAAGUGGCAUCAAUGCCUUAGUAUCAGCUGUCUUGGUUGUAGCAUGUCUUGUCACCAGGAAGGUCAUUUCCACUACUGCUGUACUAUAUAAUGCAGUGUGUCUCUGGACUGUAAAUCUGGCAGUGACAGUAUGGUUUCAGUAUGCAGCACAAGAUAUGAUAUAUGGACAUGAUGACUUCAAAGAGACCUUCUUCUACAUUCUCAGUAUUCAUAUUGGCCAGUUGCUUCUGUUGACUCUACAG